AUGGGUGCUGUUGUAUCUUGUAUUACAAGUAUCUUCCAUGCCAUCGGGGCCUGCCUUAUGGGCAUCGUCAAUACCAUCGGUUCGAUCUGUCAGGCCAUUAUCAGCGGCGUGGUCACCCUCUUGGAUGUCAUCAUCGCGUGCCUGACCUGCGGAUACUGCGGCAAUCGACGAAGAACGAGAACAAGAAGGUCGAGAAUCUAA